CACUUGAAAAACGAGAAAACGUCAUUCGAUACGACGAAUUUAUAGCUGCCCACAAGGCCAGCAUCACGGACCGCUACGAGCCGAGAGGAUCUAAGAAUCCCCUUUCCCCUUCUCCCCUCCCAAGCAAUUCUCCGUGCUUUAACACCAUGUCGACCGAAAAUGCAUCCUCCAAUCUCACCGUCAGCACUUUGGAUUCUCUCCGGGCCGCCCUCAAUCCCGAUGGCACCCUCGACCGCGACCGCUUCAACAUACCGGUCACCUCCGCUUCACUUAAUCCCACCUCUCCCGCCAGUCCAGUCCUCUCAAAGGACGUCCCAAUCAACCCUUCCCACAACACCUGGGCCAGGAUCUUCCUACCCACCAGUGCUCUGUCGUGCUCGGAGGAGAAACUCCCCGUCGUAGUUUAUUACCACGGCGGGGGAUUCAUCCUCUACAGCGCCGCUUCGACGAUGUUCCACGAGUUCUGUGUCAGUCUGGCGCGCGAGCUCUCCGCUGUGGUCGUGUCGGUGGAGUAUCGCCUCGCCCCCGAGCACCGGCUCCCCAUGGCGUACGACGACGCGGUGGAGGCGCUGCACUGGGUUAAAACCGCCCGAGACGAGUGGCUCGCGGGCCACGCGGAUCUCUCCACUUGUUACCUCAUGGGCACCAGCGCUGGCGGCAACUUGGCCUUCUUUGCAGGGCUACGCGCAUCCGCAUCGCACGACGAACUCGAUUCCCUAAAGAUCCGUGGGCUGAUACUGCACCACCCCUUCUUCGGCGGCAUCCAGCGGACGCCAUCGGAGCUGAAGCUGCUGAAUGACCAGAUGCUGGCGCUGGCGAAAGGCGAUUUCAUGUGGGAGCUGUCGCUGCCGCUUGGGGCUACUCGCGACCACGUGUACUGUAAUCCAAUAGUGGACGGUGGCUCCAAGAUCUCGGAAGGGGUGGAUAAGAUGAGGUCGCUGGGGUGGAGGCUACUGGUCGCCGGCUGCGACGGAGACCCUCUAUUCGAUCGACAGGUGGAGUUCGCGCAAAUGAUGCAGGAGAAGGGAGUGAGUGUGGUGAGGGUUUUCACGGAGGGUGGACAUCAUGGGAUCGAGGUUAGGGAGCCGGACAAGAGCAAGCCUCUACUCCAAACCUUAAAGACUUUCAUGUCGACGACUGUAACUAGUUAGGGCAGGAUCGGUCCACCGGAUGGGAUCUCCGCGCAAAAAUAUAGCCUGAAAUUUCACAUAAUUUCUCUUUAUUUAUCACGUCAUGUGAAAUUUAUAGGGUCUCGAUGGUUUCGGACUCCUCCAUCGUCCAUGGUGUUUUUAAAAUUAAUAUAUAUAUGUAAAUUGAAGCUCUAUUGUCUUUAGGGCUCCGGUGUAUAUCUAAUAAAUAACAUGGAUUAUUGCUCUCAA